AUGGCCUCAUCGUCCUCGCCAAUUCGUGUCAUAAACUAUGAUGUCUUCCUCAGCUUCAGAGGGGAGGACACCCGAAACAACAUUGUUAGCUAUUUGUACGAAGCUCUUAGCCGAGAAGGAAUCUUUACUUUCAGAGACGAUAAGAGGCUCCAGGCCAGUGAAAAAAUUUCCGACCAACUCGUGGACGCCAUAAAAACUUCGAGGUUCGCUGUUGUCGUCAUCUCAAAGAACUAUGCUACCUCGAAAUGGUGUUUAGAUGAGCUUCAACUGAUAAUGGAGCUUCAACGCAAAAAUCAGAUUCGAGUGGUUCCCAUUUUCGACGGAGUGGAACCCUCUGACGUGAGACGCCAGACAGGAAGCUUUGCGGCUUCGUUUCAAAGGUACGAAAAUCUAUAUACGGCACCAGAGAUGGUUUCCCAAUGGAAAAGAGCUCUCAACCAAGUCGGUCAUAUGUCAGGCUUCCAUUCGAGGACGAGCCUCAAUGAAGCAGCGAUGAUAUCAAAUAUAGUUCGAAGCGUCUCAAGUCAACUGAUGAAGAUGAGGCCGACCAGUGGGGUCGAUUUGGUUGGGAUGGAAGCACACAUGGUGAAGAUGCAUUUUCUUUUGAAUAUGGAGUCUGAAAAUGAGGUUCUCAUGAUAGGAAUAUGCGGUAUGGGUGGUGUAGGCAAAACCACUAUUGCCAAGUGUCUCUAUGACCGAUUUUCAAGACAAUUCUCAGCCCAUUAUUUCACAGAAGACAUUAAGAAGAAUUACAAAGACAAGGGUCUGUCCUACUUACAGGAAAGAUUUCUCUGCAGCAUCCUCAGGGGUCAACAUUUUAGUUUUCGAAGCGAUGAAGAAGGAUCCCUGGAGAUACAGGCAAGACUCCGGCACCAAAAAGUAUUUGUUGUGCUUGAUGGUGUUGAUGAAGCGAAGCAGAUGCAUGCACUGGCAAAAGAGACUAGCUGGUUUGGUCCAGGGAGCCGAAUCAUCAUAACCACACGAGACUGGGGUCUGCUCAAUUCCUGUGGAGUAAACAUUGUACAUGAGGUUAAGUGCUUGGAUGAUAAGGAUUCCCUCCAGGUUUUUGAAAAGUUGGCUUUUGGAGGAAGACCGCCUCCUUCUGAUGGAUUUGAGCAACUGUACAUCAGAGCUUCUCGGCUGGCUCACGGCCUUCCCUCUGCCCUUGUAGCUUACGCCUCGUAUCUCAGUGAAAACAAGACCAUAAAUAUGUGGGAAGCUGAAUUACGUAAACUUGAAAGAAGGUCUCAUAAGAAUGUCGAAAAGAUUCUGAGAUAUAGCUACAGCGAUUUAGAUGACCAGGACAAGGCAGCUUUUCUUCUUGUUGCCUGUCUCUUUAACAGAUACCCUUUUAGCCAUGUUGCUUCCUUUCUUGAUGAUGGUCUUCCAAGGAUAAAUCAUCUAAUCAACAAGUCUAUAAUUAGCAUAUCAGCGGAUGGAUGCAUAAACAUGCAUUUCUUGGUCGUACAAACAGGAAGGGCAAUUGUGCGCCAAGACUCCCCGAAUAGGCCUUUCAGACAAAGGUUUCUAUGGGAUCCUGCAGAGAUAUAUGAUAUACUGGAACAUAACAUUGGUACGGACGAAACUGAAGGUGUGACAUUGCACAUGUGUGAGAUGCCUGAUACAUUACGUGUGAGCAAUGAAGUAUUUAACGUUAUGAAAAACAUCAAGUUUCUCAAGUUCUUCCAGCAUUUGGGUGAUGCAGAGUCCAACGUGCAGCUCAGGCAAGGUGCUUUUAAUUUCCCCCCUUAUCUUAGGCUACUACACUGGGAUGCUUAUCCGUUUAAAACCUUGCCAUCGAUCCAAUAUCGCCACCUUGUCGAACUGGACCUUCGAUACAGCAACCUCGAGAGACUCUGGGACAAAACCAUGAACCUCAGUAAUCUACGACGGCUAGAUGUGACAGGCUCCAAGAAUCUGAUAGAACUUCCAGAUUUUUCAUCAGCCAUGAAUUUUGAGGAGUUGAUAGUAAAAGGCUGCAUAAAGCUACGGCAGAUGCCAGAGUCAUUAGAGCACAUCUCCUUUAGCCCCAAGAAACAGAACCAUGACGAAAUGGUGAUGACGGAACAGACCCAUAGAAACAUGGUGAUGACGGAACAUGGAAUACAAACAUCUACGCUCCCAUCAGAUUCCUGUAGCUUACAAUCACUCAACAUCAAGAACUUCAGAUACAAGGAGUUCAGAUACAAGGAGAUGAAUGCUGCUUUCAGGUGUAACAGUUUUGAACUGAUUCGAAGUUUAACAGAGCUAAAGCUAGUUAACUUGAACAUUCAAAACAUCCCAGGCAACAUUGAUUGCUUGGUCACCCUAGAGACGCUGGACCUCAGCGGAAACGAUUUCGCGUAUCUACCGACAAGCAUUGGACAACUGCCCAAGUUAAAGUACCUCAGCCUUCGUAACUGCCGCAAGAUCACAUCACUGCCACAUCUUACUCAGGUGGAGACCCUCAUACUCUCUGACUGCGUGAACCUCCGAUGGUUGCUGUUCGAGGACAGACAAGCCACAAACUGGUUGCUUGAGCUUUCGCUUGACAACUGCAAGAAAGUUCAAACCUUGUCAGGAAAACUGAGUCAUUUCCCCAGACUAACAUAUUUAGACCUAAGCAAACAUGACUUUGAGACAAUCCCUGCAAGCAUCAGAGAGCUUUCAUCUCUCGGAACACUCUGCCUCAAUAAGUGCAAGAAACUCAUAUCAGUGGAGGAGCUUCCACUGAGCAUCAAGCAUCUCUAUGCACACGGCUGCGAUUCCCUGGAGAAUGUUUCCCUUUCGCCGAAUCAUUCAAUCAAACACCUCGAUCUUCUCCAUUGUCCCCGCCUGAAUCGACAAGAACAUGAACAUCUGAUGAAUCUGUUUUUAUCUAACCGAGACAGUAAAGAGGUGAGCUCACUGCAAAUCGACCUGGUUUACGGCGAUGUGUUUGCUUACCGGAAAUUGGAGUGCCCAGCCGACUUGAUAACGAAUUCCCAGGGACAUGUAAGAGGAUCAGCCAACUUCUGA